UUCUGUUGUACGUUUGUAACUUGUUGUAGCCACUCCUGAAUCUUCCUUCCUUUUCUGUAGAUCUCUUUGUUUUCCCUCCACACUUUCCCAGGAAAAUGAGAGAAAUCCUCCACAUCCAAGGUGGUCAAUGCGGUAACCAGAUCGGAGCCAAGUUCUGGGAAGUGAUCUGCGACGAGCACGGCAUCGACAACACCGGCAAGUAUAGUGGCGACUCAGAUCUGCAGCUGGAACGCAUCAAUGUCUACUACAACGAAGCCAGUGGUGGAAGGUACGUCCCGCGCGCUGUCCUCAUGGAUUUGGAACCCGGCACCAUGGAUUCGGUCAGAUCCGGCCUCUUUGGCCAAAUCUUCCGACCCGAUAACUUCGUUUUUGGCCAGUCCGGUGCCGGAAACAACUGGGCCAAAGGGCAUUACACAGAGGGAGCUGAGCUGAUUGAUUCUGUUCUCGAUGUUGUGAGAAAAGAGGCUGAGAAUUGUGAUUGCUUGCAGGGAUUCCAAGUUUGCCAUUCUUUGGGUGGAGGCACGGGCUCUGGAAUGGGCACCCUUCUAAUUUCCAAGAUCAGGGAGGAGUAUCCAGAUCGCAUGAUGUUAACAUUUUCUGUAUUUCCUUCUCCCAAGGUAUCUGACACUGUUGUUGAGCCAUACAAUGCCACACUUUCUGUACAUCAGCUUGUUGAGAAUGCAGAUGAAUGCAUGGUUCUUGACAAUGAGGCUCUGUAUGACAUCUGCUUCCGUACUCUCAAGCUUGCCACGCCCACUUUUGGUGAUCUCAACCACCUUAUCUCUGCUACCAUGAGUGGUGUCACAUGCUGUCUUCGGUUCCCUGGACAGCUAAACUCUGACCUUCGGAAGCUGGCAGUUAACCUUAUCCCAUUCCCACGUCUCCAUUUCUUUAUGGUUGGGUUUGCACCCUUAACAUCAAGAGGCUCCCAGCAGUACCGGGCCCUAACUGUGCCUGAACUGACCCAGCAGAUGUGGGAUGCUAAGAACAUGAUGUGUGCUGCUGAUCCACGCCAUGGUCGCUACUUAACCGCUUCAGCCAUGUUCCGUGGUAAGAUGAGCACUAAAGAGGUGGAUGAACAGAUGAUCAACGUUCAGAACAAGAACUCCUCAUACUUUGUUGAGUGGAUACCCAACAACGUCAAGUCCAGUGUGUGUGAUAUCCCACCAAAGGGCCUGAAGAUGGCAUCUACUUUCAUUGGGAAUUCGACUUCAAUUCAGGAGAUGUUCAGGAGGGUGAGUGAGCAGUUCACAGCAAUGUUCAGGCGCAAGGCUUUCUUACACUGGUACACCGGUGAGGGAAUGGAUGAGAUGGAGUUCACUGAGGCCGAGAGUAACAUGAAUGAUCUGGUGGCCGAGUACCAGCAAUACCAGGAUGCAACUGCAGAUGAGGAGUACGAGGAGGAGGAAGAAGAAGAGGAGAUUACUGCAUGAGGCCUCUCUGCUAUUCUCAUAGCUUGUCAUCUAUGCAAUCCUUCAUCUUGUCUGGAAAUUAGUCUUAUGUUGCCACCUUUCAGAUGAGUGUUAUGUUUUGUGAUUAUUGAAGGCUUAGAUAGGUUGACAAGUUGACUUUGUAUUGUAUUAGAGUUGGGUUUUUGUGACUGUUUUUGUGUUCUCAAUUUGAAUCAUAAUGGGCUUGUAUUGAAAAUUUCAUCCAAUGUGGAUAAAAUUGGUGCUGUCAAUAUGAUCACUUCAAUCAUGGACU